AUGUUAAUCCCGCAUCCUGUUAAAUGUGAGCGAUCCGUUUCGCUGAGUUCAGCAUUGAAGAAAUCGAAUUCUCAUGGUGACAAGAAAGCUGUUCAUUUCGCUGACUCACUCGGUCUAGAUCUUUGCCACGUUCGCCCAUUCGUCUCUUUCGGUGAUCCAGACGACGAAAUAUUCGGCACGACACCACCACUUUAUUUCAAAGGAUUUCAUCAAGCCUCUUACGUGACCCCAUUGGCACCAGCACCACCACGUAAAAUCGGUACAAUUGGCGUGCCAACGUUCACCACAGUGCCCACUUACCUGCACACGCAUUUCACACCUGUAGGUGGCUAUGCCUGGCAGAACAACUUCGACCCGAAUGAACGUUUGAUCGCCAAAACACUCAAGCAAGGCGUUUGCCUUAAGUCAGUGAACACGAUCGGCACCAACCUCACUGGCAUUGUUGCGGUCGUUAACUACGCGUACAAAAAACAGGUGCAUAUCCGCUAUACACUGGACAGCUGGCGAAGUUUCAUUGACGUUCAAGCGUUAUACAUCAGUGGAUCGAUUGCUCAAAAUAUUGACACGUUCUCAUUCUCGCUCUUUCUUCCACAGUGUCUUCCAGUUGGAGCAAAAUGCGAAUUCUGCAUUCGAUAUCAGUGUGAUGGAAAGGAAUAUUGGGAUAACAACGAUCGAGUCAACUACUUGGUAGAAUGUCGCGCGCUUGAUCCGAGCCGGGAUGAAGAAGAUGAAGGUAUCUUUGGUAUUCGAAGAUGGCUUUGA